ACGAAGCGCAGUCGUGGUCUACAUGAGCUUUUUGUGGUAAGAAAAAAACAGAGGAAAGGAAAUAGUUUACCCCGGGAGCAGAGCAGUGGGUGUCAGUUCUAUCAUUAAGGAAAGAGCGCACCGCAGUCGUUUUAUUCCAGAUACGCGCACGCCGCGAAGCAGCCAGACAGACAGAUCACAAUGUCCAGCACACAGUUCAACAGAGGUCCUACCUACGGCUUAUCUGCAGAAGUCAAAAGCAAAAUCGCCCAGAAAUACGACCCUCAGAGGGAGGAGGAGCUGAGGCUGUGGAUCGAGGAUGUGACGGGCCUGGCCAUCGGGGACGACUUCCAGAAGGGCCUGAAGAACGGCAUCAUCCUCUGCGAACUGAUCAACAAGCUCCAGCCUGGCUCAGUGAAGAAGAUAAGCCAGUCUUCACAGAACUGGCACCAGCUGGAGAAUCUGUCCAACUUCAUCAAGGCCAUCACCACCUACGGCCUGAAGCCUCAUGAUAUUUUUGAGGCCAAUGACUUGUUUGAGUGUGGAAACAUGACCCAGGUCCAGACUACCCUGCUGGCCCUCGCAGGCAUGGCCAAGACCAAGGGCAUGCAGCCGUGUGUGGACAUCGGGGUGAAGUACGCCGACCGGCAGGAGCGGGCCUUCAAUGAGGAGAAGCUGAAGGCGGGACAGUGUGUGAUCGGGCUGCAGAUGGGGACCAAUAAAUGUGCCAGCCAGGCGGGCAUGAACGCCUACGGCACCAGGAGGCACCUGUACGACCCCAAAGCUCACAUUCUGCCCCCCAUGGACAACUCCACCAUUAGCCUGCAGAUGGGCACCAACAAGGGGGCCAGUCAGGCUGGCAUGACAGCACCAGGGACUCGGCGUGCCAUCUACGACCAGAAGCUGGGCACUGACAAGUGUGACAACAGCACCAUGUCCCUGCAGAUGGGCUACGCUCAGGGAGCCAAUCAGAGCGGGCAGAACUUCGGGUUGGGCCGCCAGAUCUACGACGCCAAGUACUGCCCCAAGAACGAGGAGGGGCAGCACCACAAUGGGGCGGGGUCCGGCGGCUACGCCCAGGAGUACCAGGAUGACGGUUACCAGGGACACCAAGAUGAGCAGCAGCAGGAGUACCAAGACAACGGCAACCAGGAAUACCAGGACAACGGCAACCAGGAAUACCAGGACGACGGCAACCAGGAAUACCAGGAUGACGGUAACCAGGGAUAUCAGGAUGACGGCAACCACGAAUACCAAGAUGAAGACAACCAGGAAUACCAGGAAGUCGAGCAACAGGAGACCCAAGAGGAUGAGAAAGAAGCAGAACUAGAGGAGGAGCCCCAGGAAGUGGGGGAGACCCAGGAAGAGGGGGAACCCGAGGAGGUGGAAGGAGAGGCACAAGACAACUAGAGGAGAUGCCAGGCUGGUCUCUCACGUGUUGUGCAGAGUUUCCCUGGUUUUUAUACCUAAAAUAUAUGCAUUUCUGGUCUUAAUUUGCAUUGUUGGUGGGGUGCCCCUAAACACAGAAGAGAAAAAAGCUCUUACCCCUGUUCCCCUUUAUCUGCACAGUGAGCUCUGCCUUAAAAACAUUCCCACCUCCUGAUCGCUGUGCAGUGACCAGUGACCGCUCGGUCAUCCAGGACAGACAUGAAUGAGCCAAUCAAACCCGUGUUACUCCUCCUGAAUGUUCAGACAGCACCAGACGUACAGAAAUAUACCUCCUUUUGUUGCUGGACUACACACUACCUUUCGUAAGGAUUCCUGUGCAAGAUGGGACCAGCGACACACAUAUCAUGUUUCCAGACUUAUUUAAGCAUUAGAGUAAAGUAAAGUAAGUGUGUGAUUCUGUCCUCCAAACCACACUGCACACUGCACACUGCAUGACUGCAUCAGGAACACAGCUGCAGUGUCUGACCCUCCCUCUGUGAUGAUGUGUCUUGCUACUGUGAGGUCACCUCUGUGUAAUCGGAAUGUUUAAAAUGGCACAACCUUUGUCAUUCUGUCCACCCGCUAGGCUGGUCACUAUAUUAUUCAAAGUCUUAUGCUUGGGAUUUGUAAUAUUUUGCUUCCACGAUGACAAUGUAAGUUUACACUCUUUUUUUCUUUGACAAAAGUGACCAGUGAAACCUUUUUUCAUUGCCAAUUUCAAGUGCCAAUCAGUUUUCCCUUUCAAGAUCCCAUAGAAUUUUUAAAGACGUUUCUUUCUUUAUUUUAAAGGGAUUGUCCUCCGUAGCAACAUUGUUGUAUUUUGCGUCUGCUUGUAUGUAUUGUUUUGUUGGAUCCUGUGCAUUUUCUUCUUUCAGUUAAACAGAUCUCAUUAUCUCAAACAUAGAGACAGGAAAGACCUUUUCCGUUCUGAUCUUAGCAAACAUUGCAAAAGGCAUAUGAGAACUUUAACGAAUGGGUUAACUAACUUUUAACCCUUAAGGAUUAAAUCCUUGAAUCUUUAAGGAUUGAUCAUUUUUAGAAUGUAUUCCUGGACUUUUUUUAAUGAAAGCAAUCUGCAGAUAUGGGUGGAAUUGCUAAAUUCUCUCUGUCAAGAUUGUUAAAACAUUCCCAUUGUAAGUACAGUUACAUGUAGAAAUUAUGGUUUCUGCUUCUGGUUUCAAAUGACAGCUGUGUUGUCUGACACUCUCCAAAGAGUCUUGGUUUCAGAGCAAACCUUCAGCAGAACUGCAUAUUCUGGCCACAUUUGCUAAUCAUUUUCUCCUGGUUCCUCCCCCCCCGGCCUCAUAUAAUAUUUCUUUGGCUGGGGGUGGAUGCUUGCGCUGUUUCUAUAAGCAGUAUCCGCCGCCAUGGCGGAAGCCGGGCUUGUUUUCCUUGGACUGGUGAAUCUUGGGGAAAAAAACAUUCCACUCAACUGAGACUCUCAGCAUUCCUAAUGCAGAACUGGAACUGGCUGGUUUCAUUUCACCAAGGCUGUCUGAACUGCACAUCAACUCCAAAGGGAUCGAACCGAAGACAGAUGCAUAAAUGGGCCAGGCAGACAUAAGAAUGUGAAAUCAUGAUCACUUUUCAUGCUCAUUUGUGAACUGGGUCUUUGUUCAUCAUCAGUCACACUCAUUAGAGAGAAAAAAAUGAAGUUUCAUUAUCAUAGCAUUAGAAUUCUGUCCCAUCUUCACGCUUUAUGUAAAUGUACUUCAGAUAUUAUUUUUAUUUUAUUUUAUUUUUUGAAAAUAAGCAUGCAUUGGAGUGUAAUGGCACGAGAGGAGACUGAAGGAAGGCAUGAGGCUGGAGUUGUAAUAAAGCGUGUACAGUCUGCA